UGUGGCUUCAGCCAUAGGGUUUCAUUCAUAAAUAGUUUUGCUUUUAAAUCAGACUUUAAGUGUUCGGCGAAGGUUUUGGCGCUAUUGGCUUCUGCCAAAGUUCCCUCACAUGGACCACCUCAAUUUUAAUUAGCUGAGCUUCUGGUCAGAGUCUAGGCAAGCCUAUGCUGAGAGGACAAAAUAGCCCUGAGGAGGCUGGCCAGCCAGGUGGGUGGGCAGAGGCAGGCUGAGAAUGCAGCUAGGGAGCUGAGGAAGAUCUGAGCAGGGAGACACCGACAUCCAGAGCUGCUGCACACAGCCCUCCAUCAGGGGGGACGCUCACGCUCGCCUGGACCAUGAGCAAUGAGUCUACCGUCUGGAUCAACCUCACCGAGAACUCCACCGGGGUCCCAUUUGAGCCUGGUAAACAACAGGAUGGUUACGUCCUACUGCUGGUGCUCCUGUCCAUCUUCCUGGGGGGAACACUGGUCCUGCUGUCUGUCCUGCUGAUCAUCUGCAGACGUUGCUGUGAUGGAGACUGCCGCCAUGCCAGGGCCAGCGAUGACCCUGAGAAAACCAACACCAGCUACAUGGAGGAGUCUCAGCCAGUACAUGGACAGAUCACCAUCCGUGUAGACGAGUCAGACUGCCUAUCGGCCGCCAGCUCCCACGUGGACAUGGAGACAGAGCGCUUCCUGUCCACAGGCACCCACGGUGGCCGCCGCGUCUCUUUCAAUGAGGUGGCACUCUUCGACCACGGCAAGAAGGCCCAGGAGAAAGGCCGUAGAUUUACGUUGACUGAGGGUGAUUUCCACCACCUGAAGAAUGCGCGGCUCACACACCUCCACAUCUCGCCGAUGGCCCUCAAGAUCGUCACCAUCCACGAGUGUGAGUCAUCUGAGAACAGCAUCGCCAUGACGACCUGCCCUGCCGCCAAGUCCAGCCUCUCCAUCUUCCAGCCUCCUUUGUGUGCCCGACGGCCACUGUGUCCCCUGCCCCAGACAGCAUUGACCAGUCUGAGUGUCAGCCCCAGCUCAGCCCUCCCUGGGGACACCCUUAACUCGGUGGUGGACACCAGCUUCAGUGAGAGUCCCUUGGCACCGGGUCCCAAGGAGCCCAGCACCAGCAGCAUUGAGGUGAUGGUGUCUGGCUCCAGGAAUGGGGGAAGUCCGUCUUUGAGUGAAGGGGCGUCUGUGACAGGUGCAUCUCCUGGCGCAGGGGUGGGGCAGGGCCCGGUGCUGCAGUUCUUCACCAAGCUGAGGCGCCACGCCAGCCUAGAGGGAGCCAGUCCAUACUUCAAGAUCAACAAGUGGAAGCUAGACAGCAGCCAGCGGGCCUCCAGUCUGGACACCAGAGGGUCCCCUAAGAGGAGACAGUUCCAGCGGCAGCGCGCUGCCAGCGAGAGCAUGGACCAGGAGGAUAGCGAUGCCCACCACAUUGACCUCAUCCAGUACAUUGCCAGGACCCAGGACGCCACCUAUCACCCCUGCCGCCCCUCCGCCUCGUCCUGCCUCCUGCCACACUCCUCCCCCUCCACGCCACCACCCUCCCUCGGCAGGUUAGAGGUGGAGGUGGUGGUGGAACCCAGCUGCAGCAGGGGCCAGGGGGUGGAGGUGAUCGGCUUGUCCCCGGAGCCCCAGGACGAGGCAGCGAGCCUGGGGUACUGUAGACCGGAAAACUCGGCAUCAGACCACCAGGCCCUGUACAGAGACAUCUGGUCACUCCGGGCCUCCCUGGAGCAGUAUGGCUCCUCAGACCAGAUCAACGACAGGGACUCUGUCCGCAGCGAUGCUGACAGUGUCUGCUCUCUGAGGGGGCCGACCAAGAGGGGGGGGCUAACCAGUUACCUCUCCCAGGACAUCGGGGAUGGGCCCGAGGGGGAUGUGGAGCUGCCCAUGGAUGAAGGGAUGGGAGAGAAGGAGAAAGGGGGGAAGCAGGACAGUGUGGAGUCAGAGAGGGGCAGUGAUGGGGAGUCAGGGAACCGUAAGUUAAUGCAGAUGGACAGUGGCUAUACGUCUAUAGAGGCUCCAUCACGGGCGCCAGAGGAGCUGAGACUGUUUGGCAGUAGUGGCAGCAGUGGCAGUACAGACAGGUCUGCCCUGGAGAAGAGACACUACUUCACCAGUGCAGGGGGCACUGGCACGGUGGUCGAGAGCUUCGAGGCCCGCAUCUUCGAGGAAGAGCCAGACGAGGAGACGCCGGCGGGUGCAAUGGGAGGCAUGGCCAUAGAAACGGCCAGGUCUCCCCUGGGCUGGUCUCCGUAUGGUCAGAUGUUCACCCCACGAGAGGCGCAGCCGCACCCCCAACCCCACCCCCACCCCCCCUUAUCAAUUCACCACCGUGACUACAGCAUCGACGAGAAGACUGACGCGCUCUUCCACGAGUUUCUCCGUCACGACCCCCAGUUUGACCAGCAGGAGACGCCGAAGAAACAUCGCUCGCGCAUCCACCUCCGCAAGCAGUGGCAGCGCCACAAGCAGUACAGUGACCCAGGCGUUCGCUACCAGUACCACUCCUUUGAGAGGCAGCGGAACCCCCUGCGACGAGGCGAUAGCGUCAACUACCCGCUGGACACAGGCUACCACAGCACGCUUCCACGCAUCAUCAGUGCGCCUGACGAGGAGGCCAGCGAAGGGACCCCCAGCACCCCCCAAACGCCCAAGGCUGAGGCUGUGGUGGCGGGAGGGGCAGAAGGUGCCGAGGUACAGGAAGGAGACAGGAGAGCGAGUCCCGGCAGUAGCACCGUGACCAUCACAGACGACAAAGGGAUGGCGUCCUGUUCCCCUCCCCCGGAGAGAGAGGGUCUGCUAUGGGAGCAGCCCGACCCCCAGGAGGACACUAGGCAGGCAGAACACCCCCCUGAGCCAACUGACGAGCCUCCCCAGCCCCCUGACAAGGGCUACGGCCCACAGACCAUCACAGCCGAGCUGACGGACAAGCUGAGCGCCACCCUGGACGAGCGUCUGUACACGGGCCUGCGACGGACAAAGAACCCGGCGGAGGUAACUGAGUGUGUGGUGACAGUCACUCACGCCUCCCCCGACCACAGCCCAGUGUAGCAUGUCUCCACUCCUCCCUGAUCUUUGUGUUUGAUUUGAUUUCAGUCUGCGCCAGGUAACUGCGAUGUCUCUGUAUCUGUCUGAAUUAGCAUGUUCCAGACCCGUAACAUGAAAACAGGCUACACUAUACAGUGUCAUGUAGGCUAGCUGAAGAAUCCACCCCUAGAUAGUGUCUACAGUACCGUGGUGUCUCUGACUGCUAUGAUUCCUUUCUCCUCUGAGAGAAGUGAUGAUGUUAAAGGGAAACGCCACUAAAACUAUCCUUUGAUAUUUUAUUUCAUUAGUCCACUGUUGAUACAGUACCAAAAUGUUUUGCAUGUCAGCAGUCCGGUUUCCAAGAUAUUGGACUUUCAAAAAGCAAAGUGUCACCGGCCACGUCAUCAUGAUGACGCUUUGCUUCUUGAAAGGCCAAUAACAUUUUGGGACUGUAUCAACAGCUGAUCAAUGAAAAGAAAGUAGAAUCAUUGUGGAUUUUCCCUUUAAGAGCCCGUAUUCCCUCUGAACUAGUCUAUCCACUGUGAAACCAGGUGCUAUUAAUCAUCUAAAGAUCUGGAUACAAAGUUUAUCUGGGCCCUAUAGGCCAGUCCUGGCUGAAUAUCAAAAUAGGUUUAUCUAUGUUUACAUCACUUAAUUUCUUACAUAUGUCUCUGGAUAUCUGUUGUCUUUGGACAUUGACAUAUAUCAAAUUCUUUCUAUGUGGCAUUUUGACUCUUGAAGUCGUCAUAAUUGUUUUACAAAUAAUUAGGUAUCCCUGAUAUUUUUUCGAAGCCAAAAUUUGACAUUGUCCACAUGUUUCUCGGGACAUAUGAAUAUAGUAAUCUACUACUUCAGUACCGUAUUGGUCAUUAAUUGAAGCAAUCCUGUAAAUUGUAAUGUAUGAUCGAAUGCUUUCGGACAGAUUUCUGUUGAAUCUUGAUGUAAUUGAAUCAGAAUCUAUGGUACUAGGAACAGAAAACAGUCGACCGUGGAUUUGAUGAUGAUGAUGAAGAUUAAUUGUUUCUCAUACGCUGUCAUUAAAUGGAUAUGACGAGGGCCGAGGCUCUCCUAAUUUGGACACUGACUAUAUUACAGCAUUUAUAUAAUUACAGCCUCAUCAUGUCCACUCUGGAUCAGAGCAUUAUCCUUCGUCAAAUGUCCUUGUCGCUGAAUGUCUGGACUCAUGUUUCUAUUCAAAGAUGUUCUUAAAGGGGAAAAUUGCUUUCCAGAAACGUUCUGGUUGUUAGGACAUGUUGUUCAAUGCCGUUGUAUUUAUUGUUGACAGAUUUGAUUUAAAUGUGUCUAUGCUCGUUUUAUAUUUCCUCUGCUUGUGACAAUAAUUGGCUUACAGGAGGCCAGGGGGAGAGUUAAAUUCCAGGUUUUUGCCUAAUUUCUGUGCCAGAAAAAACCUUGUCUGCAAAUAGAGGGAUCGCAAUAGUGUUACUGACAACUCUGUUAGGAGCACAUAUCAAAGGCAGGCUCCUUUGGCCUCCCCCAACAGUGUUGGUUAGUGCAGGUCUAUAGCUGUAACAGUUUCAAUUAAGGCUUUGAAUGGGGCCAAUGUUGUUCUCGCAGACAUUUGCGUUCA